UAGUGACAGAUUGCUAUCAACGCAAUCAAAAAACGUCCGGCUGCAUUCGAAAUGGUGUAGCUAGCUAACGCCAUCAACAGAACCUAAUCGUUCGUCAUUCUGUAUCGACAUGAUGACGACUGUACUGCGGAAAGUUCUUGCAAUAGGCGCAGUUUUUUGUGCUAUUGCAAUUUUUUCAACCAAUGGCGAGGGCCAAAACCAGACCGAGGUGGCUCAGGAAGUGGAACAGCAAGUCCAGGAAAAGUUGCAACAUUUCCGGGAAGUGUGCAUCAACGCUAGUGGAUCCGACGAAGGUUAUUUGCAGUUCAUCCACGGAUUGGAAUACUCUCAAAAGUGCAUUCCGCAGAUCGUCGAUAUGAGCGCCUUGACCGAAGAUAUUCAAACUUUGACCAACAGUACGCGUGCCGCUUUUGCUCAAAAAUACUGUCCACAAUUCAACCUAUCUGUUCCUUGCUUCGGAGAAGCUUUCGAUGGAUUGGCCAAGUGUUCUGGGAAGGAUCAACCUGAUAAAAUGAAGACUCUCAACUUCAAAAUCAUCUACAGCUUUGUGGAUGCAGUUUGUCGAAACGAUGGCCUUCUCAUAAUGGGUUUCCUUGAUCCCAAAUUUUCGUCCUGCCUACCCGAAUUCGUUCAAUCGGCAUUCGGUUGUGGUGCGGCUAGUUUGUUGAACGCCAAAUCGUUGGAGCAUUUGACCGAGCAGCAGUGUCGGGAUAUGAAGGGGGCUCAGGAUUGUAUGCGCGAGAAGGUUGAGAAGUGUCAAUCGGAAAGCAUGACGGAAAUUUUGGAUGCCGUGCUGCAACCCAUUAAGAACUUUACCAACUGCAAAAAUUUGGCCGAGUGAGAGGUGCGGAAAUAUUACAAUCAUAUAAAUGUUAACUUGAACAACGACUAUUUAAGGAUUUGUGGAAUACAAUUGUUUUUCUUUAUAUAAACUGCUGAAAUGUUUAGAAAA